ACCCCAGCCGCCGUCCUGCUGGCCGCGCGCCCCCCGACUUGGUGCCCGUGGGCCCUCGGGCUCCACCUAGUUCAGCUAUGUCCAGAAAUGACCAAGAGCCGUUUUUUGUGAAGUUUUUAAAAUCUUCAGACAAUUCAGAAUGUUUUUUUAAAGCUCUUGAGUCAAUAAAGGAAUUACAAUCAGAAGAUUAUCUUCAGAUCAUUACAGAUGAGGACGCAUUGAAGAUAAAAGAGAAUGACAAAUCGCUUUAUAUCUGUGACCGUUUCAGUGGCACUGUUUUUGAUCACCUUAAACAGCUUGGCUGCAGGAUUGUUGGUCCUCAAGUAGUCACGUUUUGUAUGAGCCACCAGCAGUGUGUCCCAAGAGCUGAGCAUCCAGUCUACAAUAUGAUUAUGUCUGACAUAACUAUAUCUUGUACAAGCCUGGACAAAGACAAAAGGGAAGAAGUCCAUAAAUAUGUACAAAUGAUGGGUGGACGAGUAUACAGAGACCUUAAUGUAUCAGUCACUCACCUUAUUGCAGGAGAAGUUGGGAGCAAAAAAUACUUAGUUGCUGCUAAUCUGAAGAAACCUAUUUUGCUUCCUUCUUGGAUAAAAACACUUUGGGAGAAGUCACAAGAAAAAACAAUAACCAAAUACACUGAUGUAAACAUGGAAGACUUUAAGUGUCCUAUUUUUCUUGGUUGCAUCAUCUGUGUGACUGGCUUAAAUGGUAUACACAGAAAGACAGUCCAGCAGCUCACGGCUCAGCACGGAGGCCAGUACAUGGGGCAGUUGAAGAUGAAUGAGUGUACACACCUCAUUGUGCAAGAACCAAAAGGACAAAAAUACGAAUGUGCCAGGAGAUGGAAUGUGCACUGUGUGACCCUGCAAUGGUUUCAUGACAGUAUUGAGAAAGGCUUUUGUCAGGAUGAAUCUAUAUACAAGGCUGAACCCAGAGCAGAAGUAAAGACAGUGCCUGAUACUUCAACUCCCACUGCUCAGAGCAAUGCCGCAGCUGAAAGUCACAUGCUCGCAAAUGUCAGCCAUAUAUCCAACAUAAAUGGCAGCUGUGUAAAUGAAACAAUGUUUGGGACAACUACUAGCAAACUUGAGUGUACACUUGAAAACCUAGAAAAUCUGGACAUCAGUGUCUUUCAGGCUCCUGAAGAUUUAUUAGAUGGCUGUCGGAUCUAUCUUUGUGGUUUCAGUGGCAGAAAGCUCGAUAAGCUGAGAAGGCUUAUUGACAGUGGAGGUGGAGUUCGGUUUAAUCAACUAAAUGAAGAUGUAACUCAUGUCAUUGUGGGAGAUUAUGAGGAUGAUGUGAGGCAGUUUUGGAGCAAAUCAUCCCACAGGCCUCAUGUCGUGGGAGCAAGGUGGUUGCUAGAGUGUUUUAGUAAAGGAUAUAUACUUCCUGAAGAGUCGUAUAUCCACACUAACUACCAGCCAGCUGCAAUUCCAGUUUCAGAGCAGCCCAGAAACCAGACGGCUGUCUUAGAAAAGAGCGGCACGUUCUCUAAGAAAGAAUUUGUUCCUAAAGAGAAGCUUCAUCAAGCUGAUGAGGAGCUGCUUGCCCAGUAUGUAAAUGAUGACUCCACAGUAGUUGAAGCUAAGCUAUCUGAAGCUAUAGAGCCUGAAGCUGAGCCUUGCAGUGGUUCUAUUCACAUUGAGCCCUGUGAUGAUUCCACUCACAUUUCUGUGCAAGAGGAAAACAAGUCGUCGGUCAGUCAUUGUCUCCUUGACGGCUCUACAGUUCCUGAGGAAGGCUUAUUUAGCCAAAAGAGUUUCCUUGUUUUGGGUUUUAGUAUUGAAAACGAAUGUAAUAUCGUAAACAUCAUAAGAGAGCAUGCUGGCAAGAUUGUGUCCCUUCCCAGCAGAAUCGUUGCUGACUAUGCUGUGGUUCCACUGCUGGGAUGUGAGGUGGAAGCGACUGUGGGAGAUGUUGUUACAAACACGUGGCUGGUUAUGUGUAUAGACAACCAGACAUUAAUUGAUCCCAAGUCAAAUCCCCUCUUCACACCAGUCUCAGUAAUGUCGGGAAUGACUCCUUUAGAGGACUGUGUGAUUUCCUUCAGUCAGUGUGUGGGAGCAGAAAGAGAUUCCUUGGUAUUCUUAGCAAAUCACCUUGGAGCAAGUGUUCAAGAAUUCUUUGUUCGCAAAUCCAGUGCAAAGAAAGGCAUGCUCGCCAGUACGCAUCUUAUAGUGAAAGAACCGACUGGUUCUAAAUAUGAAGCUGCAAAGAAAUGGAAUUUGCCGGCAGUUAAUAUUUCAUGGCUCUUAGAAACUGCUAGAAUGGGAAAGAGAGCAAAUGAAAACCAUUUUCUGGUUGACAGUGCACCUAAACAAGAACAAGUCUUAGAACCUAAGAUACCAAAUGGAGUGAAUGUGAAUCCAGAUUCUCCAGCACAGCCAGACGCCGCACACUUGGGGUUUCAUAGAGGAAAGACUGUUACACCCUUGGACAUGAGCCGUUUUCAGAGCAAAGCUUUCCGUGCUGUCAUCUCCCAGCACAAUAGGCAGGACUCAGCCUGUCCACCAGUAGGACAGCCACUGAAGAAGGAACCCUCCUUACACCUGGACACACCAUCAAAGUUUCUGUCCAAGGACAAGCUUUUCAAGCCAUCCUUUGAUGUGACGGAUGCACUUGCAGCCUUGGGAACCCCAAAUGCUGCCAGCCAGAAGCGGAAACUGAGCUCACCACUCUCUGAAGUCAUCAACAGAAACCUGACAGUUGCUUUGGCAAAUAGUUCCCGAAACACUGGCAGUCAUUCUGCCAGCCCUCAGCUGAAGAGUGCCCAUUUGGAGGAGGAAGAGGCUCCAAAACCACUUGACAAAGUUGUGGUGUGUGUGAGUAAAAAACUCAGUAAGAAGCAGAGUGAGCUAAAUGGGAUCGCAGCCUCACUGGGAGCAGAGUACAGGUGGAGUUUUGAUGAGACAGUUACUCAUUUCAUUUAUCAGGGUCGAGCAAAUGAUAGUAAUCGAGAAUAUAAGUCUGCCAAAGAAAGAGGGGUGCACAUCGUGUCUGAGCACUGGCUGUUAGAGUGUGCUCAAGAGUAUAAGCAUCUUCCUGAGUCUCUUUACCCACACACUUACAAUCCCAAAAUGAGCUUGGACAUCAGUACAGUGCAAGCUGGGCGGCUGUGUAACAGCUGGGCGCCCUUGGCAGUUUCUGCAUCUAAGGAUGAUGGGCCAGAUCAUUCGUCUGUAGAAGGAAGUGAGACAAACACUAUGAGUACGAAUAACAAAGAGUCAGGUCUGUUGAAUGGGAAUGGCAGAGAUGACUGUAAAGGAGCUCUGACCCAGGCCUUGGAGAUGAGAGAGAACUUCCAGAAGCAACUGCAGGAGAUCAUGUCAGCAACCUGCAUCGUGAAGACACCAGCCCAGAAAACUUGCAUGUCGAGAAGCAGUUGUAACAGUGCUUCUUCAACUCCUGACAGCGCUCGCUCUGCUAGGAGUGGACGAAGCCGAGUCCUGGAGGCGCUCAGGCAGUCUCGACAGAUAGUACCUGAUAUCAACACAGAGCCCUCCCAAAAUGAGCAGAUCAUUUGGGAUGACCCAACAGCCAGGGAGGAGAGAGCAAGGCUCGCCAGCAACUUACAGUGGCCUAGCUACCCAACACAGUAUUCUGAGCUUCAGGUUGAGAUAAAAAAACUGGAUGACUCUCCUUCUCGAAAGCCUGUAUACCAUUCAGAAAUUGCUGAGCAGGGGCAUCUAGGCUCUGAAGAACCAGAAACUCCAGCAGCAGAAAAGCAUCUGAUCCCCGAGCCUCAAGCCCCCAAGCCAUCUGUGACUCCACAACCUGUGGACAAGAUUGAAACACUAGAAGAAAAGCACGGAAAACUUAAAAAACAGUAUGUGUUCCAGAUGUCAUCUCUGAAUUCUCAAGAGCGGAUUAAUUACUGUCGCCUGAUUAAAGACCUAGGUGGGUCAGUGAUCGAGAAGCAGUGCUCAGACCCCAGCUGCACACACAUGGUUGUGGGGUACCCACUGCGCAACGAGAAGUACUUAGCUUCCAUGGCAGCUGGUAAAUGGGUGCUUCAUCGUUCCUACCUGGAUGCUUGCAGGACGGCUGGACGCUUUGUGCAGGAAGAAGACUAUGAGUGGGGAAGUAGCUCCAUCCUUGAUGCUCUCACUGACGUCACUGAGCACCAGCAGAAGCUUGCACUUGCAGCAAUGAGAUGGAGGAAAAGAAUCCAGCAAAGUCAAGAGUCAGGCAUUGUUGAGGGAGCAUUUAGUGGCUGGAAAGUUAUUUUACGUGUUGAUCGACCCCGAGAAGCUGGAUUCAAGCGCCUUCUUCAGGCAGGAGGAGCAAAGGUGUUACCUGGUCAUCCAGAACCUUUAUUUAAGGAUGCUACACAUCUCUUUUGUGACUUCAAUAAACUGAAACCUGAUGACUACAGAGUUUUCAUCUCAGAGGCUGCUGCCCAGAACAUGGCCUGCUUGAAAACAGAAUAUAUCGCUGAUUAUCUCGUGCUGGAAUCCCCUCCUAGUGCAGAUAAUUACCGUGUAUCAGAAGCUGCAUUAUUCCAUAAUAAGGAAGGUGGGCCUGGAUUACCACAGAAGAGGAAGACUCCUGCAGAGAAUACCAUCAAGCGUCCGCGAGUGUGCUGAUGAUCUUCUGCCCACCAAACAGUGAAUGUUUUUGAGCUUAGUGCAUUUGCCUAAAACCUGUAAGGCCCUGCAGUGCACAGUGAGGAAAUUUUCAGCUACAAGCUGAACAUGGGUGUGAUGCGUUUGUGUAGCAGUUUAAUACACCUGAAGGACUGAUGCCUUUAACCUGAAUUUGAAUCACAGGACUGUUCCUAAUAAAAAGGAACUAAACUAGCUUGUCGAGCCACACUCAGUACAGAAGGACUUUUCUUGUAAAUAUGAGGCUGUAGUAGUUUUUAACAAGGAGAUAGAUUUGUUUCAAAAAUGUCUUAGUUCAUAAAAGCAAAAGUUAUAUAUUAGGGUUAUUUCAUGUUUUCCUGACUUUUAUAUAUGUAUUCUUGUCAUUUAACCUUUUUAACAGCCUAAGCAGAGGUAAUGAAGCUGGGGCUUUAAACUUAAAAUGUGUAUAUAUGUAAAUGUGUAUAUGUAUAAACUUCUAUCAUUUGCCAAACAUGGGCACCAAAACUUUAAGUGAGAUAAAGAAUAAAAAAUAGUAGCUCAAACUGUA